AUGCCCUCGCACCCGGAGGACAUCCCUCCCCCGCCUUACACUGAGACAGACAUCUUCUCGAGCUCGGGGCGAGACGCGCACCUCGCUGACGACACCUCGCGGUCCACUACAUCCACUAACGGGGAUGUCAUUUAUACCCCGCCACUCACACCUCGGAGUUCGUACCAGUCCAACUUCGCUGGUGAACUCGACCAUGGAGCAAGCUCGGCUGCCGCUGCCUACUUUGAGACACGCCCGCCUCCCCUGCUGAGCAGCCAACCACACAUCGUACACUCAGUCACUGUCCUCGCGGGAUCUACCCCGGACAAUCUGCCCUAUCCGAGCGAGCUCGGGGCCCGGGACGUCCGGCUCGAAGACUGGCUGACCUUCACCAACUACCUGCUACCAAACCACUCAGCAACCACCAACGAUCAAAUCAUCGACCGCAAGCUGCGGGCCGAAGCCAUGACGGCCACCAACACCAACCCCGGCAACAACAACGACGACGCCCGCUCGCAGUCCUCGGGCCGGAGCCACGCCGAAGCCCACCUCAACCGCAUCCGCUCCCCCGUCGACGCCGACACGGCCGAGCACCGCGAGAACGUCGAGUCCACCGUCCGCGAGUGGAACGAUGGCUUCUUCGGCCCCCGCCGCGUCACCAUCCGCGUCGACCUCGAGCCCCUCCCAUCCUCCUCCCACAACGACCACGGCGACAACCGCGGCAUGACCGAACUGCCCCCGCAACCCAUCCCCGAAGAAAAGGGCCACCACCAACCCAUCCCCGGCGCCUGGGACACCUCCUUCGACCAACCCAACCCAGAUAGCAACCCAUCCGCAGCACCACCAACCGACCCAGCCCCCCGGCGCGGCCUGACAGGCCUCUUCGCCGCGCGCGCGGACGCCAUCGCCGCCGCCAGGAACGGAGCCGGAGCCGGACCCGGCCAUGGAUCUGGCGGACCGGGUGCCGGCCGCGGUGGCGGGUUCCGUUUCGCGGGCAUCAACGUGCAGAACGACCGCGUCAGCAUCGGGAAUACCUUUGUUGCCGACGGCCGGACGGGCUCGUUGCGUAUCGGCGGGAUUGUGGCGGAUGGGAAUGGGAUUAGGAUUAAUGGCCAGCCGAUGGGGGUUGGCGGGUGGGGGGCUUGGGGUGGUGGUGCUGGUGGUGGUGGUGGUCCGGGGGGGUGUGGACCCGAUGGUAGGGGUGGUAGUCCGUGGGGGAUGCGUGGUGGUGCUGGUGGUGGUGGUGGUUGUGGGAGGGGUGGUCCACGGGGGAGGAUGGGGUGGUGGGACGCUGGACCGGGUGCGGGGGGUGGUGAGGGAGAGCAGGUGCGUGGACGGGGUGAGCAUCGGGACUCUGGUGAGGGACAUCAGUCGCGGGCGAACUCUGCGUCGAGUGCGUCAUCGAGGUCGUCGUCUGCCCAUUCCGAGUCGUCGGUUGGGUCGCUGCCGGACUAUGAUGACUUGAAGGAUUCGCAGCUGCCGGUCGCGAAGCAGUACCUCCAGGAGUCGCUGCACCGUCCGGACGAGAAGAUCACCAAGGAGAAGGUCAAGCACAUCAAGGAGCAGAUCAAAGCGGCAAAGAAGCCUUCCGGCCCGGCCCCGGUGAUCCUUGACAAGACGGCGCUGAGGCGCGAGGUCAAGGACCUCCUCCGCGACUGGAAGCAGCUCAAGAGGCAGCAGAAGCGGGACCGCAAGCAGCUCCAGCGCGAACGGAAGCAUCGUCGCCGGCAGGAGAAGCGCGAACAACGCCAUACCAAGCGCGAGCUGAAACGCGCCGCCAAAGAGAUGAAGCGGGACAUGCGGCGCGGCCCCUUCGGGAUUCCCCCUGUGCCUCACGGCCCUCACACAGCCCACGCACCCCACGCAGCUCACGCCGCUCACAUAGCCCACGCAGCCCAGACGGCAGCUCACACAGUUAGCGCCGCUGCCACAGCUCACGCAGCCCACACGUCCCACGCAGGCCGCAUGCCUCCCAUGCCUCCCAUGCCUCACAUGCCACCCAUGCCCCCGAUGCCUCCCAUGCCACCCAUGCCCCACCACCCACAUCACACACCACCACCACCGCCACCACCACCACCCGGGUUCGACCACCACUCCUUCAACCCCUGGGCCAGGCCAGACACCACCACCAACACCACCACCGCCCGAGCACCCGGCGCCUGGCCGGCAGACGACAACCAAAGCACGGGCGUGCAAGACGAAGGCGUCGCGGGUGGCUACGCGGCGUCGCAGGCGAAAUACCAGGCCGCGUGGGAGAUGGAGGCCAAGGUGGCGGCCAAGGAGGCCGAGCUGUUGAAGCUGCAUGAGCGGAUCGCGGAGGAUCAUUUUGGGGAUGGUGGGAGUGGGAGUGGUAACGGUGGGGGGGAGAAGGGGAUGGGGAAGAUGGAGACGGAGGCGUUGGCGGUGGAGAGGGAGAUUGACGAGCUGGCGAGGGUGAUGGAGAGGUUGAGGACGGAGGCGGACGAGGAGUUUGCGAGGGAGUUGGCUGAGGAGGAGGAGAGGGCUGUUAGGCGGUAGGUGGAUGGAUGGGGGUUUGAUCGGAGGUUUGAGGGGUUGUAUACCGAGAAUACAUAUGUAUAGCGUGCGUUAGUCGACUAGCGUAAUCCCGUCUCAUUUCGAGUUUACUUAUAACAAAAACACCUUGCUAUGCGCCCUACAUUGAUGGCGGCCUGGUCUCCUAUAGCCCGAA